AUCGUCGAGAUACACAUACACUUCUUCCACACCACAUGAAAUAAAAAAAGAAAAAGCCAGCGGUGCGCACCGCUGCGUAUUUUAGGAAUAGUUCUUAGAGCUAAAACUUCUAGAGGGAGAGGGAGCAGCUUAAAAGGCAAGAUUAGGGUUUUAGCGAGCGAGAGAGAGAGAGAGAGAUGGUGAACUCCAACCCCCGGUGCUACUUGGACAUAAGCAUAGGAGGAGAGCUAGAUGGGAGGGUAGUGGUGGAACUCUACAAGGAUGUGGUUCCCAAAACCGCCGAGAAUUUCAGGGCUCUCUGUACCGGCGAGAAGGGCAUUGGCCCUAACACCGGUGUUCCCCUCCACUACAAGGGGGUCUGUUUUCAUCGUGUCAUCAAAGGUUUUAUGAUACAAGGUGGAGACAUAUCGGCUGGGGAUGGCACUGGCGGAGAAUCUAUUUACGGCUUGAAAUUUGAGGAUGAGAAACUUGACCUCAAACAUGAAAGAAAAGGAAUGCUAUCAAUGGCUAACACCGGACCUAACACCAAUGGAUCCCAGUUCUUCAUCACGACGACUCGCACUUCUCAUCUAGAUGGCAAGCAUGUUGUAUUUGGGAAGGUAAUUAAAGGAAUGGGUGUGGUUCGGACUAUUGAGCAUGUUACUACUAGAGAGGGUGAUUAUCCCACUCAAGAAGUAGUAAUUAUGGAUUGUGGAGAGAUUCCUGAGGGGGAAGAUGAUGGAAUAUCUAACUUCUUUAAAGAUGGUGAUGCUUAUGCUGACUGGCCAGCUGACCUUGAUGCCAAACCAGAUGAAAUUUCUUGGUGGAUGAGGGCUGUAGAUGACAUUAAAAAUUUUGGAAAUGAGCAUUACAAGAAGCAAGACUAUAAGAUGGCUCUCAGAAAAUAUCGUAAAGCUUUGCGCUACUUGGAUGUAUGCUGGGAAAAGGAAGACAUUGAUGAAGAGAAAAGUGCAUCCUUGCGGAAGACAAAGUCCCAGAUAUUUACAAAUAGUUCUGCUUGUAAAUUGAAAUUAGGAGAUCUAAAAGGAGCAUUGUUGGACACAGACUUCGCUAUGCGAGAUGGGGAAGAUAAUGUGAAAGCUUUGUUUCGCCAAGGCCAGGCACAUAUGGCGUUAAAUGACAUAGACUCUGCAGUUGAAAGCUUCAGGAAGGCAUUAGAAUUGGAGCCAAACGAUGGAAGCAUAAAGAAAGAGCUUGCUGCUGCAAGGAAGAAGAUUGCUGAUAGACACGAUCAGGAAAAAAAGGCCUACUCUAAAAUGUUUCAGUAGAGUUCUGGCAUUCUUCUAUUAUGUGAAACACAUUUUGGUUAUAUGGUUGGCUGGUUCAGGUUUUUUGUUUGCAGACACAAAUUGGCUUCAUCAGGCUUUGUUGGUGGGCAUGAAUUGGCUGACUGAUCUUUUCAGGAGACAAUUGAGAAACUCUAGCUUGAACCAAUUUUGAUUAUGUCAAACUAGGCUUAUGGUACUUUAUUGCCGGCUGGAACUCUUUAUACAGUACUCAUCUGAUCAACGAAACAAUCUUGUUAUUUUUCUUGAAAUAAAAAUUCUUAUUUUAUGUAAAA